GUCCAGUGGAGCCAUACCCGGGAAACCCCGGUUACAAAAACAAACACACUCCAACCCUCAUCUCUUUACGUGCGGAGCAGGAGAAAAGCGCUUGUUCAGUGUGAGCUACCGUAGCCAGCCGACGAGCGUGCGAUGGAGGGGGGAAGCAGGGUUUCGUGGAUGAAAUAUGGGCCUGUCGUGUCCCUGUUCGUGGUUCUUUUGGCCAUCUGGUUCCGGUCACCCCAGAAUGAAGUUUUAGACGACCGGUUGGACACGGUCCUGUCCUCUUUGCUGCGGGCUGAACGGAAAGUCGGGGUGAACAACGCCGCCAGACCGAAAGUGGCUGUUGGGUUUGGAGGUUGUGUUGACCUGAUCGUGGAUGGGGUAUCCUUGCUUAAUAAGAUCAGCCUCCCUCCCACAGACCAGCCCCUGCAUCACGAGUACCUAGAAAACACAGAACAGUUGGCUCAGAGCUUUGCCUACUUCUUUGCACCAGGAGCUGCUGCAGAGCGUUUUAUGCUAAAUGACACCCUCUUUGGUGAGCUGGUCGAGGCGUCCCGUGACCUGCCUGGGAACAGAUGGUCGGUGGGCGGCAAUGCUCCGGUAAUGGCUGGUCGCAUGGCAACUGAGGGAUGUGAUGUGUUGCUAGGGGGAAGUUUCAGCCCCGAUUUUACUGAUGUCCUGUCCCAGCACAUCACAGUGGUAGGUAACGUUGUAGAAGAACCGGACAUUCAUCUGAUCCUAGAGUAUCCAUCUGGAGCAAGCUGGGGGCGCUAUACAUCACGUAGAGCCAACAGAUAUAUUAUCCACAGUGACGACCACAACCCCUACCUGUCCUCUAUGGAGGAGUUUGCUGAGAAAGUCAAAGACUUCAAACCAGAUCUGCUGGUGGUAGGUGGGCUGCAGAUGAUGGACAACUUCCCCUUCCAGCCAGGUGAGAGGGACGCUCUCCUCUCCCGCCUGGCCGACCUGCUUUCCUCCUCGUCUCCUCAGAUUGGCACCCAUUUUGAGAUGGCCAGUUUUGUAGAAGAAAGUAUAAUGGAAGACCUGCUUCACUAUGUCAUUCCCAACGCGGACUCUUUGGGUAUGAAUGAACAGGAGCUUCCCAACCUGCUCAGCCUGCUUAAAGGCUCCAACAUCACAGUGCUGUCAGACCCAAACCCUCGUGUGGCUACUGUCCUCGACCAGAUGAGGGAGGUCUAUCGCAUUCUGAACCAGCGCUACAAGGACGCAAGGGAUGCCAGUGCAGAAAGUGACACAAAUGGUGCUGACGUUACGCAUAAGCCGCUGACCCGGCUUCACGUCCACACACUGGCCUUUCAGGCCAUGAUAGUGACCCGAGGCUCUCAGUGGAAGAACACCAUGUCUGCCACAGCCAAGGCCUCUCUCACAGCUAACCGCCAUGUCUGUGGAUCUAAUGAUAUUGACCCCAGCAAGGCCAGGCUCAUCAUGGAUGACUCAUUCUCUGUUAGCCGGCGGGAGGGCAGCCAGCGUAUCCCUCUGCAGGAGACCAGGCCCGUCAGCUGCUGGGAUGAGGAGGAUUAUGAGAUCUGUGUGGCACCUGUGCUGGUGUGCACUGAGGUUUAUCAGACUGCAGGGGGAGGGGACAACAUCUCAGCUGCUGGCCUUGUGCUGCAGAUCUAGACAAGGACACAAAAUGAUAAACUAGACAUUGGCAGCAGUGUAACUCUGGAAACUUGAUCUAGCUGUGAUGCAAAACAGCUGUUGUGGCGAACACAGGUACUGAUUGUGAAAGGUAUCAGGCUAAUGCUAUCACACUUGCAGCUCAUGGUCUAAGCGGACCAUAAGGAAAACAGAUUGUUAUCAUUCAUAGGAGUCAGAUGAUGGGGUACAGUGGUUAUUAAUCAGGUUAAAGCACCAUAUUUUAAAUAUAUGGGCUCAGUUUGAUUUUUGAAGGGGAAACAGAAAAAAAAAUAUCAACUCAAAAAUUGCAAUCUAUGUAAUGUUCUGAUUGGUGUGUGUGUGUGUGUGUGUGUACAUUGGAUUGUGA